GAAAAAAAGCGGAGACAAAGCCAAGGCUUCAUCAUGACUAGGGUUUUAAGUUUGACGGAGGGUCUCUUCUCGGCCACGCACAGUCAAAUACACAAAAAGGGCGGGAGACAUAAACAGUCCCCCUGCUUCAUCUCCAUUUCCAUUCCUUUCUUCUCCUUCGAUCCAAUCGACUCUAUCUCCAACGACAAUUGAAUCCACGCCACCAUGUCAUCAGGGGUUCGCCGCCUCACGGUCCUCGGCGAGUUCAAACCCUUCGGCUUAGUCGCCGAAGCCCUCGACGGAAAGCCCUCCGACAAUGUUCCCGUCGACAAGUACAGUUACCUACUCUUCGACCCCGAAAUCGUCCGCCAAAGAGACGGCUCCGACGACUCCGACGAGUUUCCCUCCGGUGAACUCCGCGGCGAUCACGAGCUUUUCAUUCGAGGGAAUCGGAUAAUAUGGACUACAGGCUCACGAGUUUAUAAGAGAUUUACCUCACCUUCCCCGGUCAUCAUGGCAUGCUGGUCUCGCCUGGGCAAUAUGUGUGAAGCUGUUCUGUGCGUCCUACAAAUUGAUAGUUUAACAAUCUAUAAUGUAUCAGGUGUAGUAGUAUCAGUUCCUCUUCCUCGUACCAUCACGUCAAUAUGGCCGCUUCCAUUUGGUUUACUACUUGAACAGGAAGCUGAAGGCAGCACACCAAAAUAUCCUUCUUUUUCUUCUCCAAGCUCUUCGUUAAGUGCACGUGAUGUCUCUCGUCCCAAAAGAGAAGUUGGAUUCAGUCCACAACAAAAUUUUGCUAUAGCUAAUGCAUAUGAUUAUCGUACAAUUGGAUGUGGAGCUUCAAUGUCCUCACAUUUUAUUCUGAAAGAUCCUCUGGAGGAACCCCAGUCAACUUACAUUGAGGAAAGGGGAAAGUUGAACAUAAUGAAGGAAUUUGAUGAGAGAACAAUCUGGACUAGUCAUCAUGUUCCUCUAAUGGCAUCAUAUAAUAAAGGAAAGCUGCAACAUUCCUUGUGGGUGGUAGAAGCCCUUGGCUCUAAUCUGGAGGUUGCAAAUUCUAAGUUAUCCGAUGUGGUUCCUAGUGGAGUAUUACCAAAACAACUCUCUUUCCGAAGGAUAUGGCAGGGGAAAGGUGCACAGGCAGCUGCUAGUAAGGUUUUUCUGGCAACUGAUGAUGAUGCAGCUCCUAUUAUUUGUUUGCUUCUUCGAGAGCAAAAGAAGUUGUUGUCAUUAAGGCUUCAAAGUGUGGAGAUUAAUAAUGAAAUUCUCUUUGACAUUAAACCUGACAUGAGCUGGAGCAUACCUGCAAUUGCUGCUGAAUCUGUCACUGUAACUCGUCCUAGCAUUAAAGUUGGACUCUUGCCAUUCGGAGACAUCAUUGUUCUGGCUCCUGACAGCACCCUUCUUCUUUAUUCUGGGAAGCAGUGCUUGUGUAGGUACAUGUUACCUUCUUCUGUGAGCAAAGGUCAGCUAUCCACUAAUUCACUGCCGUCACAGAAGGUGUCUGUUCUUCAUGAUCUAAAAAUUGUUGGAUUGGAUGAUGCUGUUGAUGGGCGUAUCAACGUAACAGUGAACAAUGGGCAGAUCUUUAGAUGUGCACUUCGGAGAAGCCCUUCGUCUUCCUUGGCCAAUGAUUGCAUAACUGCAAUGGCUAUGGGACUUACUUCUAGCUUUUAUAAUCAUUUUCUUGUCCUUCUUUGGGGCGAUGGUGAUUCUGCUUAUUUAUCUAAGGCUGAUGCUAGUGUUGAUUCAGAAUGGGAGUCAUAUAGUAAUAUUUUAUUGCAAAUGUGCUCAAAAUCUCGAUCCAUUCCACAAAGACCUUCAGAUUCUAUUUCAUGCUCUUCAUGGGACUUCCUUAUCAACAGCAAAUUUCACAAGAACUAUUGGAAAACUAAUGUUAUCACUGGAAUUUCAGCUGGAAGUUCCCUUGACUUUCAAGAAUCAGGUUCCUCUGGAUCAUUUACAGCUUGUGCACAAAGUCCAGAUAAGUCAUUCUACUCUCAGCUAUUGAUGGAGACUUUGGAUACUCUGCAUGCAGUAUAUGAAAGUUUGAAACUGGACAAUCUUCGUAAACGAGAUUUGGGCCUCCUGGUAGUUCUGUUGUGUAAUAUUGCUGAUUUUCUUGAAGAGGGAAACUAUUUGGACUAUUAUAUUCGUGAUUUUCCUGGUCUUUCUGAAAAGUAUGGGAUAAGGAGUUCAUCUUCCAGGAAAACUCCUCCCAGUUUAUUCAGAUGGCUUGAGAACUGUUUACAACAGGGAUGUAAUUCCGCUAAUACCAUGGACCUUCCGCCUCUAAUAUGUAAAGACGAAAGUUCAGUUUUGAGCUGGGCCCGGAAGAUAAUAGCAUUUUAUAGUCUCCUUUGUGGUUCAAAACUCUCAAGAAAGAAUCUGUCAUCUGGUGUUUGCUGUAACGUUGCUCCCGGAUCAUCUUGUAACUGUGAGGAGCUGACAGUCUUGGCAAUGGUUGGGGAAGGAUUUGGAUUGCAACAACUAGAUUUGCUGCCUUCUGGUGUAUCACUUCCUCUACGACAUGCAUUGGAUAAAUGCCGGGAGUCUCCUCCAACAGAUUGGCCUGCAGCUGCAUAUGUUCUUCUUGGUAGAGAAGAUUUGGCAUUAUCUCGUUUGUCACAUUCAACCAACUCUGAACCUCAUACCACUGUCAACUUAGUUUCCAUGUCCACACCGUACAUGCUACAUCUACAUCCAGUAACAAUUCCUUCAUCAAUUUCUGACACAAAUGGGUUGGAGACUACCAAGUUUGAGGAUGCAGAUUCUGUUGAUGGAUCCAUGAUUGAUGGUAUGGAGCAUAUUUUCAACUCUAGCACACAGUUGCAAUAUGGUCGUGAUCUGCGAUUAAACGAGGUUAGACGUCUUUUAUGCUCUGCAAGACCUGUGGCAAUUCAGACAUCUGUUAAUCCUACUGCAUCUGAUCAGGACCUUCAACAGGCUCAGCUGUGGCAGCUUGCUCAAAGGACUACUGCUCUUCCUUUUGGCCGAGGGGCUUUUACUCUUGCAACCUCUAGUACUCUUUUAACAGAGGCACUCACAGUACCAAAGCUUGUGUUAGCAGGUCGGUUGCCUGCCCAACAAAAUGCAACUGUUAAUCUGGACCCAAAUAUAAGGAAUAUACCUGAACUUAAAUCUUGGCCUGAGUUUCACAAUGCUGUUGCGGCUGGGUUAAAGAUGGCACCCCUUCAGGGAAAGAUGUCCAGAACGUGGAUAAUAUACAACAAACCUGAAGAGCCCAAUGUUAUUCAUGCUGGGCUCCUCCUUGCAUUGGGUUUACAUGGACAUCUGCGUGUUUUAACUAUAACUGACAUAUACCAAUAUUACUCCCAGGAACAUGAAAGCACUACAGUAGGCUUAAUGCUUGGCCUAGCUGCAUCUUAUAGGGGGACUAUGCAACCAGCAAUAUCAAAGUCACUGUAUGUACAUAUACCAGCUCGCCAUCCAUCUUCUUUUCCAGAGUUAGAGUUACCAACCCUUCUGCAGUCAGCAGCGCUCAUGUCUGUUGGGCUUCUUUAUGAAGGCUCAGCACACCCCCAAACUAUGCAAGUUCUUCUGGCUGAAAUAGGCCGUAGAAGUGGAGGUGACAAUGUUCUUGAAAGGGAGGGUUAUGCUGUUUCUGCAGGAUUUGCUCUUGGACUUGUUGCUUUAGGUCGAGGGGAAGAUGCUGUUGGUUUCAUGGACACCUUUGUUGAACGACUAUUCCAAUAUGUUGGUGGCAAAGAACUUCACAAUGAGAUUUCUCUCCCAUUGACUCUAUCAGCAGAUGAUCACAAUCGUGGUGCUGGGCAGAUGAUGGAUGGGGCAGCUGUCAAUGUGGAUGUCACGGCACCUGGAGCUGUAAUUGCUUUGGGUUUAAUGUUUUUAAAGAGUGAAUCAGAGUUCGCGGUGUCCAGGCUUUCCAUUCCUUGUACAUGUUUUGGUUUGCAUUAUGUGAGGCCUGACUUUAUAAUGCUUCGUGUGAUUGCUCAAAAUUUGAUAAUGUGGAGUAGGGUUCAUCCAUCCAAAAAUUGGAUUCAGUCCCAGGUCCCUGAAAUUAUCCAAAAUGGUGUCCGGGACCUUGGAAAUGAAAUGGGCGAUGUAGAUGAAAUGAAUGCUGAGGCAUUUGUUCAAGCAUAUGUCAACAUUGUGACAGGAUCAUGUAUUUCUAUAGGGUUGAGAUUUGCCGGUACAAAAAAUGGAGACGCUCAGGAGUUACUUUAUGAGUAUGCUGUAUACAUCUUGAAUGAGAUUAAACCUGUUUCUAUUAGAAGUGGAACUUCAUUCCCAAAGGGAUUGUCUCAGUAUGUUGAUCGGGGCACAUUGGAGAUAUGCCUUCACCUUAUUGUUCUCUCCCUUGCUGUGGUAAUGGCAGGUUCUGGGCAUCUUCAAACUUUCCGGUUUUUGAGGUUCCUUCGAAGUCGGAACUCUGCAGAUGGUCAUGCUAAUUAUGGUACUCAAAUGGCGGUGAGCUUAGCUAUUGGUUUCUUGUUUCUUGGUGGUGGAAUGCGGACUUUUUCCACUAGCAACAGCUCCAUUGCUGCUUUGCUAAUAACAUUGUAUCCGCGCUUACCUACAGGGCCAAAUGACAAUCGAUGCCAUCUCCAGGCAUUUAGGCAUUUGUAUGUCCUUGCUACUGAAGCUCGCUGGAUUCAAACAGUUGAUGUUGAUACAGGCCUUCCAGUUUAUGCUCCUCUUGAAGUUACAAUUAGAGAAACUGAACAUUAUGAAGAGACAAGUUUUUGUGAGGUCACUCCUUGUCUUCUCCCAGAACGUGCUGUUCUGAAGACUGUCCGCGUUUGUGGUCCUCGAUAUUGGCCUCAAGUCAUAGAACUUGUUCCUGACGAGAAAUCAUGGUGGAGCUCUGGAGAUAAGAAUGAUCCCUUCAACUCUGGUAUCCUCUAUAUCAAGCGGAAAGUUGGGGCUUGUUCAUAUGUGGACGAUCCUGUUGGAUGUCAGUCACUGUUGUCACGAGCAAUGCACAAGGUUUUUGGUUUAAGAAGUAUGAGAGCUUGUAUUCCAAGUACUGACAACUGCUUGAGAGCAGGUUCAGUUACUGUUGAUCAGCUUGUUAGCACCUUCUCAUCUGAUCCAAGCUUAAUUGCGUUUGCACAACUUUGCUGUGACCCCUCCUGGAACAGCAGAUCCGAUGCUGAUUUUCAAGAAUUCUGUUUGCAAGUGUUAUUUGAGUGUGUGAGCAAGGACAGACCAGCCCUUUUACAGGUCUAUUUGUCACUGUACACGGUGCUUGGGUGUAUGACAGAUCAGAUUACUGGUUGUCCAUCAAUUGUGGGUGACUCGCUUUUCAUCUCUAGUUUAAAGAUUGCACUAGCAUACAAUGAAGCUCAAAGAGGAACAUUAAUGAAUUCAAGAGGAAGCAUCAUCCAGUCAACUUUUUUGGGAUCGCUCAGGAUGCGAGUAGAGGAGCUCCUAAACUUUUCUUUCACUUUGGAAAGUAAUUUCUGUAAUUAUAUGAAAUCAGGGAGAUGGCCUGACAGGAACUCUGAGAAUGGAAAUCACUCCACACUUUUGUCGUGGUAUCUGCAGUGGCACAACAUACCAUCUCCCUCUGUGAUUAAAAGUGCAGUCGCAAAGAUCAAGCCCAUGCAUGGAUCUUCUUCAGUUCCCUUGUUGCAUCUGUUAUUACCAAGAACAGACAUCAAUGCAAUAAGGGAAAUUGACAAAUUCUUCCUCUCAGGUUGAUUGUUAAGGCGCAUUUUUCACUUUUGUUGCUCUACAAUGCAAAGAGAAGUCUCCAUGCAUCUGUUUUACAAGCACAGAAUGUAGAUCGUACCACAAAGAGAAUCGGAAGUUCGCACAAGUCGAGCUUGUACCUUUUGUGAACAUCAAGACUUGAAAGCCCAAUUGCAUCACCAGUUAGACGGGGGUUUGGGAGCACGGCUAUCCCAAAAUUUGGAAGCCUAAUCACGCCGCCAGUUAGUCUGGGCUUGGAGACCCUGCUGGCUGUGACUACACUGGUGAAGCGUAAAUUUAACUUCACCACCUAUCCAUUGUGUAUUUGUAGAAUGAAAAUGUCUGCAACGAUAUCUGAUAAAUCGUGCCUGUGUUAUCGUGAUAGUGUCGUGUAGAGUUGUGAAGAAAAUAUGUUGUAGUAUUGUACCAUGGAUGCUAUUUAUGGCCAAAACUAUGACCAUCAAAUUAUGUAUACCAUCACUGAGUGAUCAGAAUUGAUAUUGGAGAAACUAUUGAAUACCAUGUCCAUGUUUGAUGCCUAGAAACUGUAAUCCAGCACUUUCUAACGAACAAUGCCAUCAAUC